CCCUUCUCUCUUUGGACGUGGCUGUCAUAAACACUACAUGUGAAGAGUGCUGGAAGGGAGCAUCGGUUCCUGAAGUGCUGGAGAGGGAAAGCACCAGCCAGCAUCACGUGGUCAAACUUCCAUCAUCUUCCAAAGAUGCUGAAGUAGCCUUUGCUGCCACCAUCUUCCAGGUUGCCAUAGCGCCUCAGGACAUGGGCUGCGGGAAGUCAAAGCAGACUUUCUCACAUGCUCAAACUGAGAAGGAACAUGAGAGUGAAGAAAGCUUUACACCGAAAAAGCACUUUCUCCCCAGGAUGCCUUCUCCAGUUGAAGUGAAGAGGCCCUCAGAGGCCAGCUGUGUAGUCUUAGAUUAUGCACACCGCCUGUCACAGGAAAUCGUGCAAGAUGCCUUGAAGCAGUGGGCAUGCAACAAUAGCAAGUACCAUGACAUCCCGUACAUUGAGAGUGACAGUGAUGCCGUAGGAUGACACUUUCCUGACUGUAGAUCUAGUCGGUGCUAGCUUAAAUACAUGAAACAAGCAAAAACUGGUGUGAAUAUGUACAAAUAAUUCCAUCUAGAUGUAAAAACAUGUCUAUGAUCAUGUCACUAAUAUAGGAAUACUUAAGAUAAAAUGUGUUUUCAGCAGUUCUACAUUAACAGCAAUUUCUGCUUGGUCUUGGAUUGUAGUCAUUUGAAGGGCUGAACGGAGGUCAUGUGACACCCUGGAAUCAGCUAUAUGUCACAACACUUUCUUCCUGAGGCAGUAAUGGCAUCACAAAGAAAAUGCUGAAUAAUACAGAAAAAGUAUUCGAUAAAAUCCAGUUUAAAAAAAAGAAAAUGCUGAAUAAUAAAAACUUCCCCAAGUUCCAAA